AUGCUGGUACCCCCAGUAUCCACCUGGGUGACACUGUGGGGCCUUCUGGUACAUCAUGCGAGGGCAUGGAAUUCAACACUCAUAGCAAGUGACUUGCCAGGAGACUAUACAAUCGAGAAAUCCGUGCAAUUAUCUCAUCUUGAAGGAUCUGGGUUCGAUGUCAUCACCGAUAACUAUUCAACUGUGCUCAUGUCACCAUCAUAUGCCGAGUCUGUCAGAAGUAACAUCAAGAAACGAGCAGCUGACUUUGUACGUUCGUCUAUUUUAGUGAAAGUUGUUGACUAG